GAGGCGCUUUUCCUGUAGGGAUCGCGCGGCGGAGCCCUGGGGUGCGCACGAGGGCAGCUGCAAGCAUGAAGUUCGCGUACAAGUUCUCCAACUUGCUGGGUACAGUCUACCGAUGUGGAAAUCUGACCUUUACUCCUGAUGGAAAUUCGCUCAUCAGUCCUGUGGGAAACAGAAUCACUGUCUUUGACUUGAAAAAUAACAAGUCUGAAACUUUACCGUUGGCAAGCCAAUACAAUGUCUCAUGUGUGGGGCUCUCUCCAGAUGGGAACCUUGCUAUACUGGUUGAUGAAGAAGGAGCUGCCUUACUGGUCAGCUUGAUCAGUAAAUCUGUGAUCCAUCAGUUCCAUUUUCAUAAACCAGUUCAUAGUGUCCGCUUUUCCCCAAAUGGAAAGAAAUUUGUGGUCACAAAGGAUAAAGUAGCUAUGAUGUACCAUGCCCCAGGGAAAAAAAGAGAAUUUAAUGCAUUUGUCCUUGACACUACUUACUAUGGUGCAUAUGAUGAAACAACCUGCAUUGAUUGGACUGAUGAUUCCAAAUGUUUUGCAGUAGGCAGCAAGGAUAUGUCAACCUGGGUGUUUGGAGCAGAGCGAUGGGCCAAUCUAAUUUACUAUGCACUGGGAGGCCAUAAGGAUGCUAUCGUUGGCUGUUUUUUUGAAGAAAACAGUCUAGAUUUGUACACUGUCAGCCGAGAUGGGGCAUUAUGUAUGUGGCAGUGUGACACAGAGCUAAAUGGUCUGAAAGCUAGAGCACCGAAAGACCAAUCUGUGGACCAGGAGGAAUCUGCCAAAGACAUAGAUGAAGAGUUGACAGAAGAACAGAAGGGGAAGGAGGUCCACGGGAAGGCCAGCACAAAGGAACAAGAGGGCAGGCAGAAAGUGAAAUACUCAUGUGCGGGCAAGUACUUUUUAAACAAAGAAGGAGAUUUUAACACCUUGACAGCUGCAGCUUACCACAAGAAAAUUCACCUGCUAGUCACUGGUUUUGCUUCUGGAAUAUUUCACCUCCAUGAGCUUCCUGAGUUCAAUCUCAUCCAUUCUUUAAGCAUUUCAGACCAAAGGAUUGCAUCUAUUGCUCUCAAUGGUACAGGAGACUGGAUUGCCUUUGGAUGUUCAGGUCUCGGGCAGCUCUUAGUAUGGGAAUGGCAAAGCGAAUCCUACGUGCUGAAGCAGCAAGGUCAUUUCAACAGUAUGAUGUCACUUGCAUAUUCGCCAGAUGGACAGUACUUAGUUACUGGUGGGGAUGAUGGCAAAGUGAAGGUGUGGAACACCAGCAGUGGUUUUUGCUUUGUUACCUUUACAGAACAUACUAGCAGCAUCUCUGCUGUAACAUUUACCACCUCCGGCUUUGUCAUUUUUAGCGCCUCCUUGGAUGGAACUGUCCGAGCUUUUGAUCUGCACAGAUACCGCAAUUUCCGUACCUUCACUUCCCCACGACCAACCCAGUUCUCUUGCUUGGCUGUGGACUCCAGUGGCGAGAUUGUUUCAGCUGGUUCUCAAGACUCGUUUGAAGUAUUUCUAUGGUCUGUGCAAAGUGGACGACUGUUAGAUGUCUUAUCUGGCCAUGAAGGUCCCAUCAGUAGUCUGCAUUUUAAUCCAGUGAAAUGUGUCCUUGCAAGUGCCUCGUGGGAUAAGACGGUGAGACUGUGGGAUAUGUUAGAUAGCUGGAGGACCAAGGAAACGCUGCCACUAAACUCAGAUGUGCUUGCUGUUGCGUUUCGCCCGGAUGGCAAGGAACUUGCAGUUGCUUCUCUGGAUGGACAGAUAACUUUCUGGGAUCAUGAAAAUGCAGUGCAGACCGGAUCGAUUGUGGGACGACAUGACCUGCAAAUGGGGAGGAAAGAACUGGACAAGAUAACGGCCAAGCAGUCUGCUAAGGGAAAGUCUUUUACCACUCUGUGUUAUUCUGCUGAUGGGCAGUGCAUUUUGGCAGGCGGGCUAUCAAAGUUUGUUUGUAUUUACCACGUCAAGGAACAGAUACUCGUCAAGAAAUUCGAAAUAUCUUGCAAUCUUUCUUUAGAUGCGAUGGAGGAGUACUUGGAUCGCAGGAAGAUGACUGAAUUUGGAAGCAUUGCAUUAAUAGAUGAAGGAACUGGGGAUGAUGAUGGUGUUGCCAUUCCUCUUCCAGGAGUAAAGAGAGGUGACAUGAGUUCUCGCUCUUUUAAACCUGAGAUCAGAGUGACUUGCCUCCGCUUCUCUCCUACUGGACGAAGCUGGGCAGCAACUACUACAGAAGGUCUCCUUAUCUAUUCUUUAGACUCUGGACUUGUCUUUGAUCCAUUUGAUCUCGAAAUUGACAUCACCCCUAGCAACAUUCGUAAAGUCCUACUUCAGAAAGAGUACACCAAGGCGAUUGUCAUGGCGUUUCGACUGAAUGAAAAGAAACUGAUUCAGGAGGUCCUGGAAACGGUGCCGUAUAAUGAAAUUGAUGUAGUUUCAUCAUCACUCCCAGAACUGUACAUAGAAAAGAUGUUAGAAUUUUUGGCAUGUUCCUUUGAGAAGACCCGUCACUUGGAAUUUUACCUCAUGUGGACCCAGAAGUUGCUCAUGUUACAUGGAUGCAAGUUAAAAUCAAGGUCAGAGAGAGUGUUGCCGACCAUUCAGUUUCUUCAGAGGAGUGUUCAGCAUCACUUUGAAAAUCUCUCCAAACUCUGUGACUGGAACUGUUAUAACAUGAAAUAUAUCUUGUCCAUUUCACAACAACGGGGUGUGAAACGAACAGCAGAACUAUCUGAAAAAGACGAAGACGUGCAGAGUUUGGAAGACUCCAGCGGUGACUCUGUAAUGGAAGAAUCAGCUGCACUUCCAUGAAAAACAUUUAUAUCUGUUUUUCAGGACUGUUUUUGUUAAUGAUGCAGUAAUUUAACAGUGGUAUUCACUGGGACCUGAACAGCCCUCAUAGUGGCUUAUUUUGUACAGGUGACAUGAAUGUGAUUAGAACUAAGCAUGCUGUACCUUUUUUAUUCAAAUUAUUAUCUUGCUCUUUCUUUCUGUAACAAAUGCAAUAUGUACUUUCUUAAUGCUGUUAGAUCUGAGCCUCCCCCCCCGUCAGCUCCAGAGAAAACAUAUUAAAGUACAUCAGUCUUACUGCAGAUUGUCUCCAAUGUGAGAGGCAAGUGCUUCCAUAUGUGAAGAUUGCUUAUCUAAAAUUAAACUGUUAGUUAUGGGAACAGAUGAAUCUGAGGACUACUGAGAAAUAAGUAGGUCAUCGGAAAAGAAUAGAUUUGGAUCCAGAUAUAUAGGUCUAAAAAACAGGGGAAGGGCUUAAUAUGUGCUGAAAACAUCUGCUCUGGAGUGCACCGUGUAAUUGUGUCCCUGAGUACAUCAUAUUAUACCUUGAAUAGGAACAAUGGAGGAAAUCUGUCGGUGUUAACAAAAGCCUUAGUGUCAAAUAAAUGAUAUUAUUUCCAAGUAAUGCAUUGGAAAUUACUGGUAUGCCAAGAUUGCACACCGCGUUUUAACCAAGAGCAGGAAGGAAUACAGUCUGCUAGAUUGUAUAUAUUUUGAAUUUCUGUAUCCUUCAGUGACAUUUCCAGAACUAGUUUACAACAACAGAAAGCUGUAAAACAAAAUGUGAAACAAUUAUACCACCCAGUCAACAAACAGCAGAUGGAAACAAUUGUGUUAAUGAUGUUGAUAUAAAACUGAAUAGAUAUCACAAAGCCUGUGCCAUGGACAGGCUAACAUGGGAAGAAUUGUUCUUUUAGUUACCUGAGUCCUAAACGUUGUAGAGCAUUAAAAUACUAGGACUCAGCACUUUGGACUGUACUUGGAAAUCAAAUGAAUUGGCUGAGCACUGCAUCAGAGAAAAAUCACUGUUUAAUUGGAGCUGGCCAAAAUCAUUUUGCUGACUCAUAUUGAAGAAUAAAUGGUCCUACACUCA